CUGCGCCCGCGCCGAGCGCUCGCGGCAUCGGCAGAUCAAUUCGCCUGGCAGCGACGACAACAGAGCGGCGCGCAGACGCAGGCCGGCACCGAGCGGCCGCGCGCAAAAUCACAGCCAGUGUGGGCGAGCGGGAGAGUGAUCUGGCGAGUGGCAGCGAGAGAGAGAGAGAGAGAGGGAGAAGGAGGGAGAACAGAGAGAGAGAGAGGGAGAGAGAGAGAGAGAGAAAAACAAAUACAUCAGAAGGGAAGAAGGCAGCAAGGUACUGACAUACAAAACUCGCGCGCGCGCGAGGCCCGACCUCCACGGCCAAUGCCAAUUGAACUGUCCGCACUGGGAUCCCACGCGAGCCCAAGCAAAGAAACGGAGCCAAGCCUCCGAGCCUGGGCAGCCGGGCCGCGCCAAGCGAGCGAGCGCACAGUGCAGCAUGCAGGUGACGCGGGCAGGGGAGGGGGGAAGGACGAGGAGGACUGCAGAGACCGAGUGAGGAGCGAGGAGACCGGCAUCGUCAUGGCUGGCUGGCCAUGAAAAACAUCCGCCUGCACAGCAGGCCAGAGGCAUGCGAGACGUGUAGGCAACUUCCUGGCAGCGUCAUCGAUGUUGGCACGCCUCGCGUGCGCCGGGCCUGCACCCGAGGGGGGGUCUGCACCCGGGGGCCCCGCCCAGAGAUCGACCCCAG